UUCUAGAAUCUCACAACACCAACUAGAACUUGAGCUAGAGAGAGAAAGUGUUUAGAGCGAGAAGGAGAAGAAGAAGAAGAGGGCUUUUCGAGUUUUGGGAUUUGAAUAAUUCUGAAAAAAAUGGAGAACAAAGUGGACGAGGUUGUUGCUGUUGAGCUACCUGCUCCUCCUGCUUGGAAGAAGAAGAUUUUACCCAAGAAGGGAGUUACACCGAGGAAAAAUGAUGUCACAUUCAUUUCUCCAACUGGGGAGGAGAUUAACAAUAAAAAACAACUGGAGCAGUACCUAAAAUCACAUCCUGGUAACCCUGCAAUGUCGGAGUUUGAUUGGAGCACAGGUGAAACCCCUAGGAGAUCAUCCAGGAUCAGUGAAAAGGUCAAGUGGACUCCCCCACCGGAGAAUGAGCCUCCAAAGAAAAGAGGCCGGAAAUCAUCAGGUUCAAAGGACAAUAAAGUGGAGACUACUGAUGCAGAACAUGGUACGAAUGACACUGAAAUGAAAGAUGCAGAGGUAGCUGAGAAGAAAGAUGGAGAAGCUGAGAAACAGGUUGAGAAUGGAGGAAAAGCACCAGAAGAAACUGACCAAAUUAAGACCACAAAUACCAAAACUGAAGAAACUAUCCCAGAGGAUGGUAAGGAGACUCAGACUCAUGUUAUGGAAACUCAAGGUGAAGAGAAAGAUGAAAAGUCAAACAGUGUUGCAUCAGAGGAACAACCUGCUGAAGUAGCUUUGGCUACUGAGGGAACUAAAAACAACAAGGAAAAGGUGCCACAAGCUGAGGGAGAGGAAGGAAAUGGCUCUACUGACAAGAAACAGGACAACACAACAGCUGCUGUGACCAUUGAAGAAAAUGGAGCACCAGAGAAAGAGAAUCUGAAGGGAAUAGCACCAUCUGUGGAGGAAGAGAUCAAAGGGAAACAAGAGGUCGAUGGGAAAAGCGAUGCUCCAGCUGAGGAGAAAGUUAAGAUAAAGGAUGGGGAGGUAGUUGAAAAUGGUAAGGUUGACCAAGUGGUUAAACCUGAUGCUGCACAACAUCCAUAGGCCUUUCCUCGAGCUGCUGAAUCUACUCUACUACCUCUCCAGUGAUCUUGUGAAAUGGACUGAAUUACCAUUUAUUGUAUGCAGGCUCUCAGUGAUCUAUGUUGAACUUUUUGCUCCUAUUUUAGUAACUCUGGGACUUACGGAUAAUUGCAAUGUUGAUGUUAGAUUUAAUUGUAUGUAGGGAACCAACCUGUACUCUGGUAGAAUAGGUCGUACAGGCAGACUCUGCAGCCUUAUGUUAUGCAGAUGAGUUUAGAAUUUAGAAUGUAAGAGAUUGCUUAUUGGGUUGGCGCUUUUUCUUUUGUUGUGAACUUUGUUUGUUACUUUGUUAAUGUGACUAAUGUUUAGUAAUUUCUUGUG